AUGUCAUUCAAAAAAGAUGAAGAAACAGGUGUGGCUCAUUUCAUGCAAGACAAAACCACCGUCAUUCAAGAAGCAAGAGUCUUCAACGAAUCACCUAUCUCACCCAGAAAAUGCAGAAUCUUACUUACCAAGAUAGUUUACCUUUUAUACGUUGGUGAAACGUUUGGUCCACAAGAAGCUACUACACUCUUCUUUGGAGUCACUAAACUCUUUCAACAUAAAGAUAGCGCAUUGAGACAAAUGGUCUAUCUUGUCAUCAAAGAACUCUCUCAUCUCGCCCAAGAUGUGAUCAUGGUGACUUCUUCGAUCAUGAAAGAUAUGCAACCGAAUUUAGAAGUCAUAUAUCGACCUAAUGCGAUUCGAGCGCUUUGUCGAGUCAUAGAUGGUUCCAUGAUUCAAGGUAUUGAAAGAUUUUACAAAUCUGCUAUUGUUGAUCGGAAUGCAUCGAUCAGUUCAGCAGCUCUGGUUUCAUCUUAUCAUCUUUAUCCAAUUGCUAAAGAAGUGAUCAGACGUUGGGCCAAUGAAGCUCAAGAAUCUCUAAAUGCUAAAGGACCUAGUUCUACAUCUAGCUUUAUGCCUUCUGGUGCUGCUAGUUAUUUGAGUAGUUUUGGUGGUGGUGGUAGUCAAGCUCAAUCUGGAUUCCAACCUGUUGCUAGCUCUAGUUAUAUCACUCAAUAUCAUGCACUCGGUUUACUUUAUGGAAUCCGUCAACAGGAUCGAAUGGCUGUCUCAAAGAUGAUUCAAUCCCUUGGUGGUGGAAAGAGUAACACUUUGAGAAGUCCUUAUGCACUUUGUAUGUUGAUUAGAUUUGCGGCUAAAUUGAUGGAUGAGGAUCCCAACUUGCACAAACAGAUGCACGAAUUACUUGAAGGUUUCCUGAGACAUAAAUCAGACAUGGUCAAUUUCGAAGCAGCUCGAGCGAUCUGUGAGAUGAGAAAUGUGUCCGCAUCUGAACUUUACAGACCUGUAGCUGUCCUUCAACUCUUCUUAUCAUCUCCCAAGAGUACACUUAAAUUUGCUGCGAUCCGUACAUUGGCCAAAUUGGCUCAACAACACCCACAACCGGUUCAAGCUUGUAAUCUUGAUAUGGAACGUUUGAUCAAUGACGAAAAUCGUGGAGUAGCUACGUUUGCCAUCACCACUCUUUUGAAGACUGGAAAUGAGGCAUCGGUAGACAGAUUAAUGAAGCAAAUCUCAGCUUUCAUGUCUGAGAUUUCAGAUGAAUUCAAAGUCACCAUCGUCAAUGCUAUUCGGGCCUUAUGUCUCAAAUUCCCAGCAAAACAAGCUGUCAUGCUCAACUUUUUAUCUGGGAUCUUGAGAGACGAAGGUGGUUAUGAUUUCAAACGUGCGGUAGUAGAAGCUAUCUUUGAUAUGAUCAAGUUCAUUAGCGAAUCUAAAGAAACAGCUCUAUCACAAUUGUGUGAAUUCAUCGAAGAUUGCGAAUUCACCAAACUCUCGGUCCGGAUCUUACAUUUACUCGGUAUUGAGGGUCCAAAAGCUGUACAACCAUCUAAAUACAUUCGAUACAUUUAUAACCGAGUUAUCCUCGAAAACGCGAUAGUUCGUGCAGCUGCAGUCUCAAGUUUGGCCAAAUUCGGUGUCAAUGUUUCUGAUGUUGGGGUAAAAGCUAGUAUCAAAGUCCUCCUGACUAGAUGUUUAGAUGAUGUAGAUGAUGAAGUUAGAGAUCGGGCCGCACUUUACUUGAAAGUUUUGAAGGAGGAACCAUUGGCUGAAAAAUUCGUUAAAGAUGACUCUACUAUCUCCCUAGCGGUUCUUGAAACCAAAUUAGUUUCUUAUAUGAGUAAUGCUGAAGCAACAGAAUCUCCUUUCGAAUUGACCAAUAUUCCUCGUAUUAGUCGAGAGCAAGCUCGUCAAGAAGCUAUUCGUGCUCGUCAUGAGACUACUACCGAUCUUACCGUUUUGAAUAACCCUAAUAAACCGACGUCUGCUGUUGCGAUCGGUGGUCCAAGCCCCAAUGCAGCGUCGAGAGCUGAAACUCAAUCUAAUUACGCUGCUCAACUAGCUACUGUACCUGAAUUUGCUACCUAUGGACCCGUUCUGAAAAGUUCUUCUAAACCAAUACCACUUACUGAGCAUGAGACUGAGUAUGUAGUGAGCUUAGUAAAGCAUGUCUUUGCCGAACAUAUCGUCUUCCAAUUCAAUCUUACCAACACUUUACCAGAUACGAUUCUAGAACAAGUUUCAGUUCUAAUGACACCUACUUCACCAUCAGAUACAUUGACCGAGGAUUUCAUAAUUCCAAUCCCAUCAAUUGGAAGUGAACCAGGAACGAUAUAUGUAUCAUAUAGUAGAAUAGGAUAUGAUUUAGGUAGUUUUGGUUGUACAUUGAAAUUUAUUUCCAAAGAAGUGGAUCCAGAAAGUGGAGAACCAGAAGAAGAAGGUUAUGAAGAUGAAUAUCAAAUUGAAGAAGUUGAAAUUGGUGUAGGAGAUUAUAUUUUACCUACUUAUGUUGGGUUUACUCAAGAAUGGGAUAGGUUAAGGUCUGGUGUGAAUGUGACGGAAACGUUCUCAUUAAGUUCUUUGAAGAGUUUGGAAUCGGCUUGUGGGACAAUUAUUGAGUUAUUGAAUAUGGAAGCAUUAGGAGGAAGUGAACGUCCUACUUCAUCUUCUGUUCAUACAUUAAAUUUAUCUGGAAUAGUGAUUGGAAAUCAAAAAGGUUCAUCAACUACAACAGAAGGAAAAGGUCAAAAAGUUUUAGUUAGAGUUAGGAUGACUUAUAGUACACAAGCUGGUGUUACUUUAGAAAUCACGGCUAGAGGUGAAGAUCAAGAAGCUUGUGAUUUGAUUUUGUCGGCUAUUGCUUAGAAAUCCUUUGGAUUGGGAAGCUUGACUAUUUGUGGAUGAAUGAUGUUGUGUAUGACUUGCAAACCACAAAGUUAGAGAUUGAUUGAGAAAUGGAAAUCUUUUAUUGAUGCAUUUUUU